UUAUGAAUAACGAGUCUCUGGGGUUUUGGCUGUCCCGCAUGAACCAAAGAGAAAGGAGAAGAUGUGAGAAAGAGAGUGAACAGGUGCGAGUAAAAAAUAAGCAGUUGAGAUCUCCGCCUACCUUCGAUACACACGAGAAACACAAAAAUAUAAUCUCCCAUUUCUUCUUCUUCUUAACCAAACCCAACAAAUUCUCCUUCAUUUUUAUCAUCCUCUGAAUCUCAAUUUUAAUCCAAAAUUGAAUCCCCACGAAAACAAUGGCAGGAUUACUCCACAUUGGUACAUCCUUCAUUCCUUCAUCAUCUUCAGUAAUAAACCCUAAAUCAUCAAAUCAAUCUUCUUCAUCAUCAUCUUCAUUACCUUCUUAUACAUCUGUUCGUAGAAACAAUAAAAAAACUCAAAUCCAAGCUAAGAUCCGAGAAAUAUUCAUGCCUGCAUUGAGUUCAACAAUGACAGAAGGUAAAAUUGUAUCAUGGACAAAAUCUGAAGGUGAUAAAUUAUCUAAAGGAGAAAGUGUUGUUGUUGUUGAAUCUGAUAAAGCUGAUAUGGAUGUUGAAACAUUUUAUGAUGGUUAUUUGGCUGCUAUUAUGGUUGAAGAAGGUGGUGUUGCUGCUGUUGGAUCAGCCAUUGCUUAUCUUGCUGAGACUGAAGAUGAAAUUGAAGCUGCUAGAUCCAAAGCCAAUUCAUCUUCUUCGUCUUCUUCUACUUCGCCUGCAUCUGAAAUGGUUGUGGCGGAGAAACCGGUAGAAGCCCCAAUUGCUAUUCAACCACCACCAUUGGCGGCAGCACCUGCUUUGUUUGCAGCUUCUUCGGUUCAUCCGGCUUCAGAAGGAGGGAAACGAAUUGUUGCAUCUCCCUAUGCAAAGAAGUUGGCCAAGGAAUUGAGUGUUAACUUGAGUGCAGUUGUGGGAAGUGGUCCAAUGGGGAGAAUUGUUGCUAAAGAUGUGGAAGCUGCUGCUGCUGCUGUUGUCUCUGCUGAUGUUUCAUCUGGUAGUGGAGUACAGGGUCAGAAAUCUAGUUCUCCAGCCUCUACAGGGGUUGAAUUGGGUAGUGUUGUUCCUUUUACUGCAAUGCAGGGUGCUGUUAGUAGAAAUAUGCUUGAGAGUCUCAAGGUACCAACUUUUAGAGUUGGUUAUACAAUUACUACUGAUGCACUUGAUGCUUUAUACAAAAAGAUCAAGUCAAAGGGUGUUACUAUGACUGCUUUACUUGCAAAGGCAACUGCACUUGCUUUGGCUAAACACCCAGUUGUGAAUUCUAGCUGUAGAGAUGGUAAGAGCUUCACAUAUAACAGUAGCAUCAAUGUUGCGGUUGCUGUUGCCAUUGACGGUGGUUUGAUUACUCCCGUUCUUCAGGAUGCUGAUAAGCUUGACAUUUACUCAUUAUCAAGGAAAUGGAAAGAGUUAGUUGACAAGGCUCGGGCAAAGCAGCUACAACCUCAUGAAUACACUACAGGUACAUUCACGCUUUCAAAUCUCGGCAUGUUUGGUGUUGACCGAUUUGAUGCAAUUCUACCUCCUGGAACUGGAGCAAUCAUGGCUGUCGGAGCAUCCGAACCUAAACUAGUUGGCACCAAGGAUGGACGCAUUGGUGUGAAAAGCCAAAUGCAGGUAAAUGUUACAGCGGACCAUCGAGUUAUAUACGGUGCUGAUUUGGCUUCUUUUUUGCAAACCCUAGCAAAGAUCAUUGAGGAUCCCAAAGAUCUUACCUUCUAAGUCAGGCAUUUUUUGGAGUUUUUUUUCUUCUUUUUUCUAUCAAGGAGAGAAUUUUGAAGUACAGAUAGUAAUUAACUAUGUCAUCUUUAUUGUCAAUUAUUUGCACAUUAUCUAUAAUGUAGCUAUUGGAAUUUCUUGCUUCAAUCAGAUUAUCUUGUCUCGGUAUAACAAGCACUUUUUGCUCUUCA